AGGGGGUUUUAGUCACAGCAAGCACUUCAAGCUCCAGUCUUUUGUUCAUCAAAGCAUCCAAGCUAAUCAUUUCGUCCCCAACGGCGGUUUUCCAUCACCGUCAGGCAAAACCCUAGCACAGUUUUCCCUCUUCAAUUCCGGGGUUUGUAAAUUAUGGAGGAUUUCGACGAUGAUUUCGGGGAUUUGUAUGCAGGCGUUGAAGCGCAGGCCAAUUUGGCCAUCAAUGGCGUAGCAGACUUCGCUCUCUUUUACACAGAAGAUGUAAGUGAUGAUAAUGGAAAGGCGAAAAACGCUAGUCCUGGCUCCGAUUCGAAGAAACCCGAUUCUGUCUGCGAGGAGUUGGGUGAGAAAGUUUCGGCUUUGGAGGAGGAUGAGGACUUCAAUGAAAGUGAUAGCGAGGAUGACCUGAAAAUAGUGCUGAAUGAUGAGGACUGUGAGGGCAAAGUGUUUCCAAAUGGCGGCCGAGGGCGAGUGAAGAAUGAUGAGCAUGAGGAUGAGGGUGAUGAUGGUUUUCCGCCUACGAAAGAGUAUAAGUACCAUGAUAAUAGUAUGUGCUAUCAACACAAGGGGUCGAGCUCUCAGAUUAGUUGUAUUCGUGAUCCCCCUAAUCAAAUGGUGGCUCAAAAUAGAUAUGGUUUCAGACUUCCUUGGUAUAGGACAAUACUUGAUGUAAACAUUGAAUCAUUUGAGGAGAAGCCAUGGAAGUAUCCUGGAGUUGAUGUAACAGAUUAUUUCAAUUUUGGUUUGAACGAGGACUGUUGGAAACAGUACUGCAUCUCCCUGGAACAACUAUGGUUAACAUCUAUGCAGUUUGGGAUCCCUGUCUCAAAAGCGUCAAAAUUUUAUCAGGCAAAAGAAGCUGGAUCUGCGUAUGAGAAAUUCUCCCAGGAAACUAUUUAUAAAGAAACGAACAAUGCUGGACCAACGAAGUUUGCUCCGCCUCUAUCUAGAGAUUCUGAUUCCAGUUUCAGAGAGUUGGAACUACCAAAAGGAAGAGCAAUUCAGGUUGAAGAUAGUAUGGUUGAACGCCAACCAUCUUUUCAUAGUAGGCAUCCACGUAGUUUGGAUUCUGAUGUUGUGAUACAGAUUGCGGUGCAGGAUGGCACUGAGGAAACCUCAAACUCUGGUGAGGAACAGGGCCAUACAAAUCUUACUGCACAUGAGGCAUCUGAUAAUGGAGAAUUAAAUGCAAAUGGCAACCGAAUUAUUCCUGCCGAAGAAGAUGAUUUAUUGGUAGGAACUCCAGAAGGGAACACAAGAAGAUCAGACAGGUGUUCCCCGAGGAUCAGUGCCACUUGUCCAAUGACAAUAGAUUCUGAUCAAAGAAAUAACCAGGUCGUUGAUCUGGAUGGGUAUGACCAAAUUCAGGGGAAUGCUGUCUCAUUGGAGACUACUGAAAUUGCAAAUAAAACAAAGGACAGUGUUGGCAAGGAUUCUUUGUAUGCCGAUCAAUACCUGAUGGAAGCACAAUUAUCAUUUGGUGAUGACGAUCAACUUAGCCCCACUUCAUCCUGUUUUGGAAGUGAUUCUGAAGCAUCAAAGAAUGGUGUUCGUUUUGAUCCAGAAGAUAUUCAUACUCCUGUCACAUCAUCUUUUGGGAACUCGAAAAGCAAUGGCAUCAAGAGAACAAUAGUUGAUAUAAAAAAAUAUUCCAUACGUAAAAGUCAUGCUCGAAAGGAGAAUAAGCAUCAGAAAAGGAGGCUUCACAGUGUUGUUGAACCAAAGAUUCACAUUAAAGAUGAUGAUGAUGAUGCGUCCCUCACCUCGGAAAUGGAGGAUCUUUAUGACAGGGAUAGCUCAUUGAAUUAUAGCAGACAGAAGAAAAUUCUGCGAGAUUUUGGCUAUAGUGAUAGAGAAGAUAUUUCAGAUUAUAAAGAAUCUAGGAGAUAUGCCGACAACCAUGUUCAUACCGCUAAAACAAAUUAUGUGGGUAGAAAAGGUAAUCACAAGAUCCAAGACAAGCUAGAUCCAUAUUUCAGAAAAAACUGGAAUGAAACAGAGUAUUUUUGUGAAGAUAGGGAUAGAGAUUGGCAUCGUUUUGGAAGAACACGAUUCACUAAGGAGAGGAGUCCUCUCUCUAGCAGGGAGUCCAGGGGGUGGCAUUCCAGUUAUUCCCCACACACUGUUGAAGAAAGGGAUGCUCAAUUUAGAAGGAAUGCCAAGAAACUGCAGUUUCAGAAAAUACCCAUCCAUGGUGGUGGCUGUUUCGGUUAUAAACGUGAAGAUGACUUUGUGGGAGAAAAAUUUAGGAAAUGUGCUUCAUUCACUGAUCGAAGAAUGAAUAAUUUGGAUGAAUUUGAUGAAGGGCAGUUUCCUCGGCUCAGGAGAGAAUUACAACACUCCGGGGGAAGGGGUGGAUAUGUUGACAGUCCCAAAUGUAAUUGGGAUGAUUCAUGUUCUGAGAAAAUUGAAGAUGAAUAUUGCAGACAUGGAGAGAAUCAGUAUUUGUUCGAUCAGUCUUACAAAGAAUCAUACGCAGGUGAUGAAGGAAGGUGGAUUGAUUCCCUAUCACCAAGAAUUGAUGUUUCUCGCACAAAAGCAACUGAUGAAAGAUAUUGGAGAAAUGCUAGAGAAACAUACUCUGCUGAAUUCAAAGAGAGUAAUUGGUUUGAUAAUCGUUAUAAUGCUGAUGAAAUUGAUGACAUCAUUUAUCCGAGUGAUCAAUUUAAGUGGAGAAGAUCUAACUGGCGAUCUGAAGUCCUACACUGGACUGAGGAUCAGUUAACUGUCAGGUGCCGUGGUGAUAAAUUGUAUUCUGAGAAGUCAUCCCUUUCAUAUCAGAAAUAUGUAAGACAUGACAAAUUUCAUGCUAAAUAUGGUUCCUACAAUGAUGCAAUGCAUGUUAUGCUACCAGAGCAGGAUAGAUUAGAAUUGAGGAGAAAAGGAAGUAGUGCUAACUGUAUUAAUAGUAGUUCUAAGAUGUAUAUCGGUAAGCAUGAGCGGACGGCCCUGAGGUGCAGAGGUUCAAUUGACUUGGUUGUUGGGGAAGGAAAGGUACGGUUGGGGGAACCCAAGUCCUCUGUAAGAAGCCACAAACGUGGAACUUUGAUUCGCAAUGGUAUGCUGGAAAAUAUGGAUGGUGGUGAGCAGACAACCUUAGCGGAUUGUAGUCAAUAUGAGAAGGUAAGGGCAGUCCAAUUUAACACCCGAAAAGUUGGACGCAACCAAAGAAAUACAAAAGGGCUCGAUAAGUUUCCAGUUAUAGCUGAAAAUGGUGAGUUGGAUGCUGAAGCGGGCCAGACUCUAACAGAAGACCUCAAGACAGCUCAUCCCUUACAGAGAAAACAUGCUUCUGAGUAUUCAUCAGCAGCUCAGAAUGUGAAUAGGCGAAGAGUCUGUGGAGAAAUUGGUUCCAGUGGGGACAAGGUUGCAGAAGGAUACGACAACCAAAGGAUUCUUGCGACAAAGGAAAAAAUGGAGAAACGUGGGGAGCGCUUUAAGGAGCCAAUCACCCUGAAAAAAGAGCCAGACAAGUUGUCCAAGCCUGAGAUUGAUCUUCUAGUUGAAACAGCUGAAGCACGGUUGCAUAGGCCAAGCCGAAAGAGGCGGUGGGGCGGUUAGAGGCCGUUUAGGAGACUUGUGGUUGAAGUCUUCGACAGGAUGACUUGUGCUAUUUGAAGCAGGUCAAUAAAAUAUAAAACACAACUCAGCAAUCAAGAUGAAGAAUCAGGUUAGAAAUUUAAUUUGCCUUCCUCUUUCAUUGAAAUUGGAGGAAAGAUUUGAUAUCUAAAUGUACUGACAUUUUCCCUACCUGUAAAAAGGUUCAUUGGUAUAAUAAUAAUAAUCUCCCAUGGUGAUUCA